UUUUUUUUUUUAUCAAACAUGUCAUUCUUCGGUGGUGGUGGUAUGCAAGCUCAACAAGCUAUCAAUCCUCAAAACAUUGCAAUGGCUGAACAAGAACUUGAAAUGGUGACUGAUCUAUUCAAUCGUAUUGCUGAUUCUUGUUACAACAAAUGUGUUUCCAAGACAUAUGAACAAGGGGAUUUGACUCAAGGUGAAGCUGUCUGUAUCGAUCGAUGUGUCGCCAAAUUUAUCGAUGUCAAUACCAAGGUCGGAGAGAAGAUGCAACAGAUGGGUCAACAGAAAUAGAUAGAGAUCUUUCAAAGCUUCAUUUCAUCUUUUUGUAUAGAUUAGAUUCUUAUCCAUUCUCAUUGUACUUUCUUAUUCCUUUCCUUCCUCCCCUACCUUUCUGUCGGAUAUAUAUAUACAUAUUAUUUUUGUUAUUCCAAUAGUUGACUAUCACAAUCCUCCUUCAGUGUACAGUUAUAUAUAAAGAUUCAUUUAUUUAUUUUUGA